UCUUCCGGCUCUUACAGACACUUACCACCUAACCUCUCUCCAUUUACUGUAACCAGCAUCCUCACCCACUGAGCACCGACCAACACCGGACGUCCAUGGAUGUUGAAAAGUAGUUGAAAUUUGACAUAUUGGAAUAUUAAUUGGGAGCAGGUAUUCAGCAGAGUUCUUGGAAAACGUGGCCGCAUAAAAACCGGAGUUGGAAACCUGGAUGGUGAUCACAUCCUAAGAUCAAAACAUAACCAGACGAGAGGCCGAUAUGGAGCUGCGACUGGCAUGCAGGGCUUCCCUAGUCCUGGUCAUACUGGCACUGGCUCUCUCAGGACAGAGGGUUGAUGCUCAAAGCAGGGCAGGCUGUAAGAACGUGCACUAUGACCUGGUGUUCAUCCUGGACACGUCGUCCAGUGUGGGGAAGGAGAACUUUGAGAAGAUCCGCCAGUGGGUCUCCAACCUGGUGGAGUCGUUCGACGUGGGCCCGGACAAGACGCGUGUGGCCGUGGUACGCUACAGCGACCGGCCCACCACCGAGUUCAACCUGGGACUCUACCGCACCAUGGACGAGGUGAAGAGGGCCGCCAGGAACAUCCGCUACCUGGGAGGGAACACCAUGACCGGGGACGCCAUCAGCUACACCACCACCAACAUCUUCACAGAGCGGGCCGGGGCCAGGCCUGCAGCCAAGGGCAUCCAGAAGGUGGCUAUCCUCCUGACAGACGGGAGGAGUCAGGAUUACGUGUUGGAACCGUCAAAGGCGGCGGCGAAGGCCGGGGUGAGGAUGUUCGCUGUGGGCAUAGGGGAGGCUCUGAAGGUGGAGCUGGAGGAGAUCGUAGCAGAACCUAAGAACGCUCACGUGUUCCAUGUGACAGACUUCAAUGCCAUCGACAAGAUCAGAGGGCGGCUGAGGAGACGGCUCUGUGAAAAUGUGCUAUGCCCCAAUAUGAAGGUCCAACCAGACCGCUUCAAGCCCAACAGCACCAGCUAUGGAUUGGAAGAAGUUCCAGGGUUCGACCUGAUGGAAUACUUCAAAGUGGAAAACAUACUGGGAUCAAGGUUUGAUGAGGGCCAGAGCUCCUAUGUUCGACUUGGGACCAUGCCUAUUGUACAACAGACAGAAGACGUGUUCCCUCAAGGUCUGCCAGAUGAAUAUGCCUUUGUGACGACUUUCAAGUUCAGGAAAACCUCGAGACGGGAGGACUGGUACCUCUGGCAGAUCUUUGACAAGUACGGAAUUCCACAGGUGUCUAUCCGUCUGGACGGUGAGAACAAGGCAGUGGAAUACAAUGCAGUGGGGCUGACCAAAGACGCAGUGAGAGCUGUGUUCAAGAACGAGGAGGUGGACAACCUGUUCGACAGGAACUGGCACAAGAUCGCCCUGAGCGUCGAGGCCAAGGCUGUGUCUCUCUACCUGGACUGUAAACUCAUCCAGACCCUGCCCAUCGGGGACAGGGAGGACAUCGAUAUCCACGGGAAGACUGUGAUCGGGAAGAGGCUGUACGACAGCGUGCCCAUUGACUUUGACCUCCAGAGAAUGAUCAUCUACUGUGAUUCCAAACACGCUGAGCUGGAGACCUGCUGUGAUUUGCCCACCGGGCCGUGCCCCAAGAAGGUGGUGACGGAGGCCCCUCCCAUAGAGAUACCCACCCCCACCCCUGCAGGUGUGGAGCAGCAGAGAGGACCCCAGGCGGUCAACUGCUCCUGUCCCGCUGGAGAGAGGGGAGAGAUCGGUGUACCUGGGGUUGCCGGUCCCAAGGGUGAUAAGGGUGAUACUGGUGCUCUGGGAGCAGCUGGACCUACUGGCCUCAAGGGAGCCAAAGGAGAAACUGGCAAAGUAAUAACUGUCAAGGGAGACAGAGGUGAGAAGGGGGAUCCCGGUAGCCAGGGGACAUCCGGUGACAAAGGAUCCAAUGGGGAGAAGGGAACCAGUGGAGCGGCAGGUCUUGCUGGGAAAGAUGGAUCUAAAGGAGAAAGAGGUGAUUCUGGGCUGGCAGGCGAUCAGGGAUUUCCUGGACCUCUGGGACCAAAGGGAAUUCAAGGAGACUCAGGACUUCCUGGUUUAUCUGGACCUAGAGGCGUCGCUGGUGAAAAAGGUUUGAAAGGAGAUAAAGGAUCUGCAGGAUUACGGGGUGACAAAGGUAUUGAUGGAUUCCCUGGAAAACCUGGUGUUCCUGGAAAAGAUGGUUUGGGAGGACUGACUGGUGCACCUGGAGCCGCUGGCCUGAAAGGGGAAAAGGGAGAGACGGGCCCUGCUGGAAUGCCUGGGGAUAUGGUUCAAAGAGAUGGCUUGAAAGGAGAGGCUGGACCGCCAGGACCUCGUGGCCCUCCAGGACCUGAUGGUCCCCCUGGACCCCCUGGUGCAACUGGUCAACUUGGUUUACCUGGCGAACCUGGAGAGUUUGGCCAAAGGGGCAAGAAAGGUGAAAGUGGAUUACCUGGUGUUGACGGGCUACCCGGACCACCUGGUUCCCAUGGGCCUCCUGGAGGGCAAGGAAGCCCUGGACAAACUGGACCUCCUGGUCUACCUGGCGAGAUUGGAUUUUCAGGGAAACCAGGAGAGGCAGGCAAAGCAGGUUUACCUGGAAACGAUGGGCUGGACGGACUUCCAGGCAAUGACGGAGCCAAGGGGCCUAGAGGAGAGUCUGGAUUGGAUGGCUUCCCUGGUAAACCUGGUCCUAAGGGUAAGGAAGGACCACCGGGACCAAGAGGACCUGGAGGAGAGGGGGGACAAGUUGGUUUAACUGGACAACCAGGUGUUGUUGGACCAAAAGGAGAGAAAGGAGGACAGGGUGACCGGGGACAAGGCGGCUCUCUCGGGCCAAAGGGUGACAAAGGUGACAAGGGUGACACGGGACCCAAGGGAACUCCAGGAAUACCAGGAAAUGUGGCCAAUGUUAUCCCUGAGCCUGGUGAGCCUGGAACACCUGGAGAGAGAGGAGAAAAGGGAGAGCAGGGGAAUCCAGGAGAUAUUGGUCAACGAGGAGUGCCUGGUGAACAAGGCUUUGCGGGACUGCCCGGACCACAGGGACCUAAAGGUGACAUUGGCCCUAAAGGGGAGACUGGGAGACAAGGAGAGCCUGGUCCUCCAGGAUUGCAGGGUACACAGGGUACCCGUGGACUGCCUGGCAAUGUGGGCAUCCCUGGAACCCUUGGACCACCUGGAAUAGCUGGACAGAGAGGAGAGAGGGGAGAGAUGGGGAAGGAGGGUCGUGGUGGCCCCCCAGGCCCUCCUGGAGAUACAGGCAUACAAGGACCCCCUGGCCUACCAGGGAAGGGCAAAGACGGACAGAACGGUGAUCCUGGACAGCAGGGAAUUGAAGGACAGCCUGGCCAGAAGGGCCAACCCGGAUCCCAGGGACUUCAGGGGGUUCCAGGGAACAGGGGUCCUCCAGGAGAAGGCAAAGUCGGACCCCCGGGACCUUCAGGGCCAAAUGGUGCAGUUGGACCCGCGGGCAUGAGAGGUCUGUCAGGCGUCGCUGGUACACAGGGUCCUGCAGGACACAAUGGUUUACCAGGACGACCAGGAGAGAAGGGAUCCCCAGGAGAGCCAGGAGCAGCAGCAGACUUGUCGGAUUUGGAUCUGAAGGAUGUGUGUUCAGAGUGCCCAGCCGGAGCCCCGGGACAACCUGGUCUGCCAGGGACACCAGGGGACAAGGGACAAGCUGGACCCCCAGGGAAGAAUGGACAGGACGGGUACCAAGGCCAGGCAGGCCCAGCCGGAACCUCUGGACCCCCAGGAGCUAACGGAGAAAAGGGUGUGAAAGGUGAUAGAGGACCCCAAGGAGGGCCUGGAGACAAAGGUGAAAUAGGCCACACCGGACCCCCCGGCCACCCCGGUGCUGCUGGCAUCAUGGGGAAUCCUGGUAACAACGGUCAACCCGGCCCCAUCGGUCCCCCAGGAGCCCCUGGAGAAAAAGGCAAGGAGGGGAUGAAGGGAAUCCAGGGGCCACCAGGUCUACCAGGCUUAAUGGGUCAAAUGGGCAAAAUUGGCAAAGAUGGCCGCCAAGGAGAACAAGGAGAAUCUGGUAAACAAGGAGAGCCAGGACCACAGGGACAACCCGGACUCAGGGGAAUGCCUGGCUUCAAGGGUCACAGAGGAGAGCCUGGACCACCAGGGUCAAAGGGUGAAGAUGGAAAGGAAGGCCGUAGCGGACCGGAGGGUAAACCUGGCCAAGACGGUAAUAUUGGACCACUUGGACCAGAAGGCCUUGCUGGCCGGAGAGGGGAGAAUGGUAAACCUGGUGAACCAGGACCUUCAGGAAAGCCAGGAGCCCCUGGUACUCCUGGUCCCGCUGGAGCCAAGGGAGACCCUGGGAACCCAGGAUUACCAGGCUUUAGUGGUCCAAAGGGACCUUUGGGUCCUACUGGUCCUGUCGGCCCAGAGGGAAAACAGGGUAUGUCAGGCAGAGCAGGAGAACGUGGAGUCAAAGGAGAGCGGGGCGACUCAGGUGGGAAGGGAGAUAAGGGAGCUGUUGGAGAUCCAGGUAUGCCUGGUAACCCGGGGCCCCCAGGCCGUAAGGGCCACACAGGGAUGAUGGGUAUGUCCGGGCCCCCAGGAGAGGUGGGACUUACCGGGCCUCAGGGAACACCUGGAAACCCCGGACAACCUGGACCACGAGGAGAGUCAACAUCACUGGAAACAAUGAGAAGGCUGAUCCAGGAGGAACUAGCUAAAGCGUUAGAUGACAAAAUGGCGUACCUGAUGGCCCAGAUUCAGCCGGCCCAUGUGAAGAGCACGGCAGGUCGGCCAGGACCUCCAGGCCCCUCGGGGAAAGACGGGAGCCACGGUCGCCCCGGUCCCCCAGGGGAGCCUGGCAUGCCAGGGCAGAAUGGAGGAGACGGCAUGAGGGGACCCAUGGGUCCUAAAGGUGAGAGAGGAUCCAGAGGAGACAAGGGAGAAAACGGAGUUGGACAGAGAGGAGAGACUGGACCAUCAGGUCCUAUAGGUCCAGCAGGUAUGCCAGGCUAUGGUAAGGACGGGCAGCCCGGGGCGGCUGGAGCUCAGGGAGAACCAGGGAAUCCUGGCCCCCAUGGCCAGCCAGGCCCCAGCGGACCCACAGGACAGUGUGACCCCUCCCAGUGUGCCUACUACGCUAGUCUGGGAUCACGACCCCACACCAAGAACGUCAAGGGGACUUAAAGAGACAGAGACACACUAACUGCUUCCAAAAUGGCAACCAAUUCCUUGUAUAGUGCACUACUCUGGUCAAAAGUAGUGCACUAUAAAGGGAAUAGGAUGCCAUUUGGGAUGCAGUUAGAGAGCUACAAGUCCAGCUAUUUAUGAACUGGGAUGUGUCAGGAUGAACCAAGAACUUUUCUUUCUAUAAAAAUAUAUCUCCUUAGUUUGGAGGGAGCUCGAGAGAAGUGUUCUGCCUGCCUGCCGGUCAGAAUUAGUUUGUUUUUGUUUUUGUUGUGGGGGUUGGGGGCGAAAUGACCAGGGGAAGUGGGUGUGGAGGGUCGGUUUGUGUGUGAUAUUUGGUAAUGUUAUCAUCAAGAAUUACGUUAUUUGUUCAACUUAGACGGACUGCCAUUGUUCCUAUCCGGCUCGAAGGACCAUGUAAAAGACCCAGUCAUGCUUACUGGGCCUGGGUUCAAAUAGGAUUUGUUUUUGCUUGAUUGAGCUUGCCUGGCACAAUGGAACCAAUGGAGUAGUCGUCAAAAGCGCAAACCCUGCUGAUCUGGCACUUUAGGCAGGCUCACUCAAAUUAUCAAAACUAUUUCAAAGAAAACAAAUACCAUCUCUACCCAUGUCUGGUAAAAGAUGGAGCCACAGUUACAGAACGGCCAUUUAUACCAUAAUAGAGUUGUCAGUCUCCCAACGUACACAGUCGUAAGUCUGGUAUGGGUUUAACAUCAGAUUCAACCCAUCAGUCAGUAGCCACAUCAUUGAUCCAGCAGUAGGCAGCUCCUCUGGAGUCAACUGGUAGUGAUCCAGUCAAGUUAUUUCUAUUGAUGGGAAGGGAACAUUGGCCUGAAUGAGGCACAAUCUGAAAUGUCAAUAUUAAGUUUCAUGGACAGAUCUUUAAUGAGGCUGUGGAUGGUGGUGAACGACUACAUACUUUGUUUUGCCUUGCCUGUAAGCUUCUAAUAGUGCAAUUGUCUUGAAUAAUGAGAGACGGGACACCAGUACUGGACAGGGUGAAUACUGAACUUUCAUAUUCUCUGGGUAUCUGUAGAAUUACUAUCUUAACCUUUAUUACAAUCUAAGAUAGUGUGUCAGCAACAAAACCAUUUGUGACAGCUUUAAUUACCUAUUGUACAGUGUUUGUUCAUUGUUCCUCCAAAGGGAAUCCAACUUCAUGAAUGCGUGUGAGGCCUUUAAGUAGACAAGACUCGUAAGACUUUCAAAGGGAAAUGGAAAACUACAAAAGGAAAACUACAUUUCCCAUUUUCGUUUCUACCUAAGUGUCUCUGGUGAUUCCACAGAGUCUGCCAGUAACCAGUCUGGAGAGAGAAGGUAUUUGUUCCACUCGUUCCUCAAACAUUGCUUGUUUCCUGGUUUCACGCUACGUUCUCUCUAACUAAAUCGUUAAGUGCUAUACAACAUGAGUUUCUUCUUCCCUGUUUUGUGAUUGGUAAAGUCAGUGACUAUUCUGUCUGAAGGAUGUCUUUCAUCACUCAUCCCAUGUCCCUGGUGGACCAAUUAUACCCUCUCGAAAACUCACAAGAUGAGUCGAGGGAGAGUCAGUAAGAAAAAUACAAUAGAUUGCUCACUGCUCACUCUAGGGGAAUUAUUUUGGCUUGAAAAAAUGUAAGACAUCAAUAUUGAGGUUCCGAAAUGUUCAUCAGAUCACCAAUAAAGUAAAAUAGAUAUAUUGUCUUUUAGGCCUUAUAUGGAUGUGAGCCUGGAUCCAGCAUGUAUUUCUAGAACACAGUAAGAACACCCACAGUGUUCCAGAACCCAGGCCAACAGCCACAGGGUUCCAGAACCUAAGCCAACACCCACAGUGAAAACACUGCUUGGCCAUCUGCACAUCCGGUCACUUCAUUGAAGGUCUUCCAAGGUGCUCUCCUGAAUAUUUAUAGCUAAACAUACAGUGUCUACAUUUCCCACUGUACUGUAGCCUAUAAAACUGCCUCAUGAUCCAUGGCAGUCAAAGGAACAAAGACAGUAUGCUCUUCACUGACUUGCAUACACCUUACUACCACAUCACAGUGAAGAUGUGUGGACUUCGUUAUGAAUUACGUUUCAGAAUGCCAAAUAGGAGAAAUAUAAUAGUAACAUAAUGGUUUUGUAAAUGGACAACACUUGUUAGCACAUGGAUAUGAACAUUAGAAUGUCUGGUGUAUGCUGCCAGUGCUCCCCAUAGAAAAUGAUGCAGAAGGUGCACGUUUCUAAUUAUGUUUGGCUUGUUUCCUCAUUUCAUAUACAUUUGUGAUAAUUCAAAACAACCAACUGUAUGUAACUGAUUUAGAGUUUUUGUUAAUUAUACUGUUAAAUUAUUCACAGUUUGAAAUACCAGUAGCUUACCGUAUGUGGAAUGUUAAAAAUGGUUUUACGAUGGUAAUCCUUACCUGUUUAUUCUAAAAGAAUGGUGCUAAAAUAUCCUAAAUUAGUGGCUGGUAUUCUUGUACGUAUUGGAAAGGUGUAUUAUGUACUGUAUCAUGUUGUAAUAAAGACUGGAACAGAUCUUUUUUUUAGAAAAA